AUGUCGUCCAAUUCUAUUCCUUCUUGGGUUUGCUUUGGUUUGCUUUGGUUUCCUUUGUUGCUAGAGAACCCAUUAGUAUAAAGAACCUUCACUUUCCUCACAGACUCCCCACGCUCCUUCUUCUGCUUCUUCUGCUUCUUCUGCUUCUUCUUCUGCUUCUUCCUCUUCUUCCCUUUUCUUUUCUUUAAUUUCCCUUUUGCUUUUUCCAUUUUAUGCCUCUUCUUUCUUCUCCUCCCCUUUUCCCAUGAUUCUGUUUCUCCAAUUAUAAGAACGCCCCCCUUCACCUGCACCACUUGUACCAAUUUCGCCUUUCUUCCUCUUCCUCUUCCUCUUCCUCUUGGGCCCCCAUGGAGAAGCUUAAUUUUCUCAAAAAUGGCGUCCUCCGAUUGCCCCCUGGCUUCCGCUUCCACCCCACCGAUCAAGAGCUUGUGCUUCAAUACUUGAACCGGAAGGUUCAUUCCUGCCCUUUGCCCGCUUCAAUUAUCCCUGACGUCGAAGUUUGCAAGGCCGAUCCAUGGGAUUUGCCUGGGAAUAUGGAGCAAGAGAGGUACUUCUUCAGCACCAGAGAAGCCAAGUAUCCUAAUGGGAACAGAUCAAACAGAGCGACGGCCUCGGGUUAUUGGAAGGCCACCGGAAUUGACAAGCAAAUUCUUACUUCCAACGGAAAUCAAGUGGUGGGGAUGAAGAAAACUCUGGUUUUCUAUCGAGGGAAGCCCCCCCAUGGCUCUCGAACUGAUUGGAUUAUGCACGAGUACCGCCUCGCUUCCCCGCCAACUGUUUGUUUUAAUGCCUCACAGGAAAAAACCCCCUUUCAGAGGUCUGGCGUGGGUCCAAUGGAGAACUGGGUUCUAUGUCGCAUAUUUCUGAAGAAAAGAAAUGGGCAUCAAAGCGAAGAGGAGAAAAACAGAAAGGCAAGAUUGGGGAAGCCUGUGUUCUAUGACUUCAUGAGGAAGGAGAGGGGGGAGACAGACUUGAAUUUGGCUCCCUCUUCCUCGUCUUCAGGGUCCAGUGGGAUCACUGAGAUUUCAAACAAGGAAUUGGAUGAUCAUGAAGAAAGCAGCAGCAGCAGCAGCAGCAGCAGCUGCAACAGCUUCCCCUACUUCAGAAGAAAAGCUUAAGAUCCUUUAGGUGUAGCAGUAAAUUUGUGUGAUUUCCCAUGUCGGAAUAACCAUGAAAGGAAGAAGAAUCCCGCAGUCGUUGGUGGUGUAGUUUUCAGUUUUCUGGUCUGUGUUUCUGUAGACAUAAUAUAUGAAUCAGUAUAUGAUUAUAAGCCAAGAGAGAUGAAUGAACUGGAUCGGCGUUUAACUUGCUCUGUUA